UAUAUCAUACUAACACGACAAACAUACUGUAUUUCAGGCUGUUGGCUGGGUAGUCAGUUUUAUAUGGUCGGUGAUAGAUGGAACCCUUUCAUCAGUCCACAUGGUUUAAUGGUGUGUGUUAAAUGCCAGUGUGCUCAGGUUGUAAAACAUCAUCGUGUUCAGUUAGAAGGAAAAGUUGUUUGUACAAAUAUCAAGAGAGAUUGUCCAAAACCAAAUUGUGCAAAGCCAAUUCUUAGACCCAAUACGUGCUGUAAAAUAUGUCGAGGACAAGACACAUCAUUCGAGGAUCAGUUUGAUACAAUAGGUAAUGGUGGACAGCCUUAUCCUAGACAUGAAGACAGCGAUGUUCCUGAGAAAGAUAUGACUGCUCUAUUAGUUGGUGGUGGCAGACAGAAUCACGGGGCACGUGUUGUUCGGACACGUGCGGUUGCUAUGAUACAUUUGACUAAUAUAACUGAGGAUUCAUUUAAUUACGCAGUAAGAUAUUCAAGAUUAAAGGAACCGUGUAUCUAUAUAUAACGGAUGAGUAUGGUAACACGGUGAUAGAACGUCAACUUCCGCCGCAGACAUCAAGGACCGGUGUGUUCUACGAUAAAAUUGAAGCUAUACCAAAGAACUAUGUUAGAUAUAUAUUACAAAAUACUGCAUACGUCACACUGACCACAUCGAGGUACAAAAAAGGGGAGAUAUUCGGAUUACUUCGGACAAAUACAAUAGCU